AUGGUAGCGGAGCAGGACACGAUCCUGCUGAUUGAGCCCAUCACGCAGUUUGCACUGCUCAGGCGGAAGGUCAUUCUUGGAGUGGCCGGCUUGGAGGACAAGAUCCAGCAUCUGGCUGGACCUAGGCUUCUGCAGCGUCUGCAUGGAGAAGCCUGGGCAACGGAGCACCUCACGGUGUCAACGUUGCGGAGCACAGAAGGUUGGCUUCAAGUGCUGAAGGCCCUGGACGAGCACUACAAGUAUCUGCCAGAGACGGAAUUACACGAGGCGAUAGAUGAGUUCAUGUUCCUCCUCAAGAAGCGCAACAACGAAGGCGCUACAGCGUUCGCCUCGAGGUUCAAGACCCAGCUCAGCAGAGUACAAUCGCUCAUAGCCCAGGAGCGGGAGACCUCUAGGAAUCUGGAGAGGAUGGAUCCCGAAGUGAAACUCCUGAUGCAGCUGCUGCCGCAGACACUGCAUCGGUUCCUUCGGCGAGCCCUGGAGAACGAGAAGGUUCUGUGCGAAGUGGGAGCCACCGUAGUCAUCGUGCUGAUGGAGCCGGUACUGCUGCCGGAUCAGCGCGGAGCUCAGGUCGUGGCGUUCGACGACCUUGAGAAGAAGAUGAGGCCAGUGUUCCCGCAAUCAGUGCUUGGGCACCUGUUCAUGCGGAAGUUUGGCCUCAGUCGAGAACAGCGCGCUCAGGUCAUCCGGGCUACGGGAGGUUCAUCCAGGCUUCAGGAUGUGGAGCGCAUCAUGCGCGCAUCAGACAUGGAAGAUCGCCGCCCGGAGCAACGUCCACAGCUGCCCCACAAGGGCAAGCGGGAGGUCUACGCAGACGAGUCUAGCGAACUCAUCGAGCCCGACUUCGAGGACUCCGACGAAGAGGUCAAUGCGGUCUACGCGGAUGAGGACGACCCCGAGGAGGACCCCGAGGAGCAAGAAGAGCUGGCCGAGAUCUACGCAGUCCAGCAGAAGGCGAAGAAAGAGUUCAAGAAGAGCUACAGGACCUACAAGGAGUCGAAGAAGAAGGUCCGCGAGAUCAAGCGAGCUAGGCAGCCCUAUCUGCCGGUGGUCGCACUUCAGGAGAGCGAUCCCAGCGGUCCGUCACAUGGGUCUGCCAAGCCAGUCUUCAAGUACGACAAGAAACCGGGAAAGGGCGCAGGAAAGAAAGGCGCUGACCGGAAGCCUGUCCGGAAGGAAGAGGCCCACCUCGCCGGCGAGUCCUUCAUCACCGAGUUCAACUACAUGGUGAACACCGACGAGAUGGAGGUGCUGCUCAACUCGAUCCCGAUCGGCCGUGCCAUCAUCGACACGGGAUGCACUUCCAGUGUGGUUGGAGAGGACACCGUCGAGGCCCUGACCAAGGAUCUUAUCAGUCAGUGA